AUGCGGCAGCCCCCCUUGACGCCACCAGCGGGGCCAGCCGGGUCCCGGGCCGGGGGUCCGGGCACGGCCGACCAGCCCUACGCCUGCCGGGAGUGCGGGAAGGCCUUCAGGUGGUCGUCCCGCCUGGCCCACCACCAACGCAGCCACACAGGCGAGCGGCCCUACAAGUGCCCCGAGUGCCCCAAGGCCUUCAAGGGCUCCUCCGCCCUCCUCUACCACCAGCGGGGCCACACGGGCGAGCGGCCCUACGCCUGCCGCGAGUGCGGCAAGGCCUUCAAGCGUUCCUCCCUGCUGCAGACCCACCAGCGGGUUCACACGGGGCUGCGGGCUUUCGAGUGCGCCCAGUGCGGCCUCACCUUCAAGUGGGCAUCCCACUACCAGUACCACCUCCGGCAGCACACCGGCGAGCGGCCCUACCGCUGCCCCGCUUGCCCCAAGGCCUUCAAGAACUCUUCCAGCCUCCGCCGUCACCGUCACACCCACACGGGCGAGCGGCCCCACGCCUGCCCCGUCUGCGGCAAAGCCUUCGCCCAAGCUACCAACCUCCGGCAACACCAGCGGGUCCACACCGGCGAGCGGCCCUACGCCUGCCCCCAGUGCGGCAAGACCUUCACCCACUCCUCCAACCUCCUCCUCCACCGCCGCACCCACGCUGGCACCCGGCCCCACGAGUGCCCGACCUGCACCAAGGCCUUCGUCUCCGAUGCCUGCCUGCAGAAACACCUCCAGAGCCAUGCUGGCCACGCUGCCAUGCCGCCGCUCCUCCCAGCACCCACCGUGGCACCGGAGACGCUCUGGAGGUGCUCUGCCUGCCCGCUGAGCUUCACUAGCGAGGAGGAGCUGCUGGGCCACCAAGACAGCCACUCGGUGACAGCGGUGACCCCCCCGGCCACCCCCCACCGCUGCCCCACCUGCAGCAAGACCUUCAAGAACAGCUCGGGGCUGGCCCGGCACCGGCACGGCCACGCUGCCGAGCGGCCCUUCAAGUGCGCCAUCUGCCCCAAGACCUUCACCCAGUUGGCCGGGCUGCUGGGCCACCAACGCAGCCACCCCACCACCGUCCCACCGCAUCCCGCCCCCGAGGCUCCUCACCCCCCGGCGGCACACCCCCCCGGCCACCGCUGCCCCACCUGCAGCAAGACCUUCAAGAACAGCUCGGGGCUGGGGGCAGGGGCCAGCGUCAUCGUCCUGAGGGGUGGCGUCAGCAGCGUCCUCCCCCCGCGGGGGCCGCAGCCCCCUGAGGUCACCGGUGUCCAGCUGCAGGCAGCCGAGGUGACCAACGUCCAGCUCCAAGCCCUGUCACAACCCUUGGAGGUCACCAGCAUCCAGCUCCAAGCUGCCGAGGUGACAAAUGUCCAGCUCCAAGCCAGUGAGCUGACCAACGUCCAGCUGCAAGCCCUGCCGCAGCCCUUGGAUGUCACCAACAUCCAGCUCCAAGCUGCCGAGGUGACAAAUGUCCAGCUCCAAGCCCUGCCACAACCCUCCAAGGUGACCAACAUCCAGCUCCAGGCCAGUGAGCUGACCAACGUCCAGCUGCAAGCCCUGCCGCAGCCCUUGGACGUCACCAACAUCCAUCUCCAAACUGCUGAGGUGACAAAUGUCCAGCUCCAAGCCCUGCCGCAGCCCUUGGAUGUCACCAACAUCCAGCUCCAAGCCAGCGAGGUGACAAAUGUCCAGCUGCAAGCCCUGCCACAGCCCUCUAAAGUGGCCAACAUCCAGCUCCACGCUCUGCCACAACCCUCAGACGUCACCAACAUCCAGCUGCAGGCCGCAGAGGUGACAAAUGUCCAGCUGCAAGCUCUGCCACAACCCUUGGAUGUCACCAACAUCCAGCUCCAAGCCAGCGAGGUGACAAAUGUCCAGCUGCAAGCUCUGCCACAACCCUUGGAUGUCACCAACAUCCAGCUCCGAGCCCUGCCACAACCCUCUGAGGUUACCAACAUCCAGCUGCAGGCCGCCGAGGUGACAAAUGUCCAGCUCCAAGCCCUGCCACAACCCUCCAAGGUGACCAACAUCCAGCUCCAAGCCCUACCACAACCCUUGGAUGUCACCAACAUCCAGCUGCAGGCCACUGAGGUGACAAAUGUUCAGCUCCAAGCCCUGCCACAACCCUCGGAUGUCACCAACAUCCAGCUGCAGGCCACUGAGGUGACAAAUGUCCAGCUGCAAGCCCUGCCACAGCCCUCUGAGAUCACCAACAUCCAGCUCCAAGCCCUGCCACAGCCCUCAGAGGUGCCCAGUGUCCGUCUCCAGGCCACGGAGGUGACAGAUGUCCAUCUCCAGGCCACGGAGGUGCCCAGCGUCCAUCUCCAGGCCACAGAGGUACCCAAUGUCCAGCUGCAGACCACAGAGGUGACAAAUGUCCAUCUCCAAACCACCAAGGUACCCGACAUCCAUCUCCAAGCCACAGAGGUGUCCAACAUCCAUCUCCAAACCACUGAGGUCCCCAGUGUCCAUCUCGAGCCCACAGAGGUGCCCAACAUCCAUCUCCAGGCCACAGACGUGCCCAGCAUCCAGCUCCAGGCCACAGAGAUGCCCGACGUCCAGCUCCAGGCCAUGGAGGUGCCCAACAUCCAGCUGCAGACCACAGAGGUGCCCAAUGUCCAUCUUGAAACCACUGAGGUGCCUGAUGUCCAUCUCGAAACCACUGAGGUGCCCAACAUCCAUCUACAAGCCACAGAGGUGCCCAGCGUCCAUCUCCAGACCACGAAGGUGACCAAUGUCCACCUGCAGGCCACCGAGGUGACCAACGUCCAUCACCAAACCGUGGAGGUGCCCAGCGUCCAUCUCCAGGACGCAGAGGUGACCACUGUCCAGCUGCAAGCCACUGAGGUGCCCAGCAUCCAUCCCCAAACCACAGAGGUGACAAAUGUCCAUCUCCAGGCCGCAGAGGUGCCUAGUGUCCAUCUCCAGACCACUGAGGUGCCCAAUGUGCGUCACCAAACCACUGAGGUGCCCGGUGUCCAUCUCCAAGUCACGGAGGUGCCCAGCGUCCAUCUUCAGACCACGGAGAUGACCAAUGUCCAUCUCCAAGACAACGAAGUGUCCAGUGUCCAUCACCAAAUGAUGGAGGUGCCCAACAUCCAUCUCAAGAUCACGGAGGUGCCCAACAUCCAACUGAAGACGAUGGAGGUGACAAAUGUCCAUCUCCAGGCCACUGAGGUGCCCAACUCCUGUCACCAAAUGAUGGAGGUGCCCAGCGUCCAACUCAAGACCACGGAGAUGCCUAACAUGCAUCUCAAGACCACGGAGGUGUCUAAUGUCCAACUCAAGACCACAGAGGAGGUGCCCAACGUCCAACUAAAGACCAUGGAGGUGCCCAACGUCCAACUCAAGACUGUGGAGAAGGUGCCCAACAUCCAACUCAAGACCGUGGAGGUGCCCAACGUCCAACUCAAGACCGUGGAGGUGCCCAACAUCCAGCCACAGCCCCCCGAGGUGCUCGUGGUGCGGGGGGGCCCGUCCCCCUCCCCAUCCCCACGGCUGGCGGUGGUGGGGGCAGCCGGGGGGCUGCCCCCUGUGUUGCUGCUGCAGCUGGGCUGCGGGGCCGCCCUGGCCGCCCCAUCGGGAGCCUGGUUUGGAGAGGGCUCGGGUCCCAUCUGGCUCAACGGGUUGCGGUGCCGAGGCACCGAGGAGCGCCUGGCCCUGUGCCGGCACCGGGGCUGGCGUCCCCACGUCUGUGCCCACGAAGAGGAUGCCAGCGCCGUCUGCUCAGCUCACCAAUUCCAGCCCCUCGGCACCACCGAGCCCUCCUGGACCCCCACGCCGCCGCCCACCGUCACCCAGCCACCUGUUACAGCAUGCACGGGUGCAGCGUGCACAGGGGGUCCCACUGUGCGGCUGGUGGGGGCCACAGGGCGCUGCGCCGGCCGGCUGGAGAUCUUCCACGCCGGGCACUGGGGCACUGUCUGCGAUGACCUGUGGGGGCUGCCAGACGCAGAGGUGGUCUGCCGUCAGCUGGGCUGUGGGGCCGCCCUCGACGCACCCCAGGCAGCUUUUUUUGGUGAGGGCACCGGGCCCAUCUGGCUGGACGAUGUGCGGUGCCAGGGGAACGAGUUGUCCCUGCUGGGGUGCCCGGCUUCCCCCUGGGGUGUCACCAACUGCCAGCACCGGGAGGAUGCCGCCGUUGUCUGCGCAGAUGAGCUGGCCACCCUGGAUGUCCGCCCUGCAGAGCCCACUCCCCGCCAGACGCAGAUGAAGCCGGCCUGGGUGCCCCCCUCUGCACGCCCCCGUGUCCCCAGCUCUCCCCGGAGCACCGCAGCCAGCCAGCCCGCCACAAGGACAGCCCGCAAGGCGGUGCCAGCCCGGCUGUGGGCCAGCCGCUCGCGCUGCACCGGGCGCCUGGAGCUCCUCUUUGCCGGCACCUGGGGCUCCGUCUGCGCCGAGGGCUGGGACCUGGCGGCCGCCCGGGUGCUGUGCCGCCAGCUGGGCUGCGGUCGUCCGCGCCUCGUCCCAGUGCCCUGCAGCCCUGCGGCAGCUGGCGCUUCCCCAGCGGUGCUGCAGCAGGUGCAGUGCACCGGGCAGGAGCCGGCCCUGGAGCAUUGCAUCCUCCAGCCGGGGCACGCACCGUCCUGCUCCACGGAUCGGGUGGCCGCCGUCGAGUGCGAGGAGCCCUUCCAGCUGCGGUUGGUGGAUGGCCCCGGGCGCUGUGCUGGGCGGUUGGAGGUGAACCGCGCCGGGCAGUGGGGCACAGUCUGCGAUGACGGCUGGAGCAGGACCAACGCAGUGGUGGUUUGCCGGGAGCUGGGCUGCGGGGUGGUGAGGACAGUCAGUGACCUCCCCCGGGGACGGCCCCGCUUUGGCCCAGGCACUGGGCGCAUCUGGCUGGAUGAUGUCCGCUGCCAAGGUCAGGAGGGGACCCUGCAGGAUUGCGCCCACCGCGCCUGGGGACACCACGACUGCACCCACCAGGAGGACAUCGGUGUGGUCUGCCAGGAUGCCUGA